UCAUUUCUUUGUGCUCAGUAGAGGCGCUUCUGUGAAGCUUGCAAUGUGCUGCGCGCAAUCAUGAGUCUGUUGAGCAGAUACCUAGACGAUGCGUAUAAUGCCUGGAUGGGCUCGCUGAUGGGCUGCUGCAGUGCACGGCCGAGGGACCCAGACCGAACUUCGAUCCGAGGCUUCGAGAACCCCCGCACCAUCUAUCACCACCAACCUCAACUCAUCCCCCCGCCCUCCGUGCCCCUCCCUGGGAGCAAGCUGAACUUGUACAGCGGCAGCAGCACCAGAACAAAGCGUCCCUACAUCAGCGCGCCCUCCGACUUCCGUCACGUCCAGCCCUCACCCCCACCACACCUACCCCGCCGCAGCUUCCGCCCGCUAGAACUGAGCAUCUACCUCCCCGCAAACCAGCUCUCCCCCAUCCUCCCACACUUCGAUGACGCCCCCGCUGCGGCCCCACAAGCGCAUACCCGGACCGUCUCAGCUCUAUCAAACUUCUCUAUCCCCCGCAAGGCAGUGCCGUCAUACUACCAGCGCCCCUCCUACGACGCCGAGUACUCAAGCGCCGACACAACCCCCAAGUCACUCGCGGAGUCAUUCACGCACUCGCUCCGCCCACGCCCCAGUCUCCCAGGCAGCCUGAGCACGCAACAGCUCCUCGCAGCUCUCGACGACGAGCCGCUCAACUACCCACCCCCCUCACGCCUGCGCUCAAACACCUCAAACACCCUCCCCAUCCUCAGCGAGCAGGUCGAGCGCGUGAAAUCUGUUCUUCUCGAGCGCGAAGCCCUCGACAAGCGCAUCCGCGAUGUGGACGGCCUGAUCGAGGAGCGCAGAAGCAUGUCUCUCAAGAGCCGCCCAGCAAGCAUUUACACAUCUUCCGAAGAACCAAUGCCCCACCUCACCACCUCCGAAAUCGAGCGUCUCCGCCCCCGCACCACAACCCCCCUCCACUCCCCCGCCUCAACAACAUCCUACACCUCUCUCCCCCCACCCCCCCUCCCACUUCUCCUCCCGCGCCCUCCCCUGCGGAAAAAGAAAUCAUUCUCCCGCGUCUCAACCUGGCUCUCCGGCAGACACAGCCGGCAACUCUCUCUCGACAGCGUGACGAACGCGCCCGUCCCCGUGACAGCGCGAGACGGGUUCUAUCAGUGCGUUGACGCGAGGUUGGAGGGAGGGGGGAGUUUGAGUAGUAUUGGGUCUGCGUCCGAGGAGGAUCUGAUGGGGCCGACGAGCUGGACGAGUGUGUCGGAGGUGGGGACGUUGGUUAAGGGGGUGGAGGGGGAGGCGGAGCGGUUGGGGUUGAGGGCGUCGAGGGUAGGGGUUGCUUUUUGA